AUACGAAGAAUCAGCACGUAACAUUCAGACAGCAGCGAGCGACCGAGCACAAUCCGGCUCUGCACCCGGUGCGUUUCUGGAGAGGAACUGUGCGUUUUAAGCGGAUCUACCCAAAUACUACAGGACGGACUGGAGCAAGUUAUUUCCACUCUGCGUCUUUACCUGUUCCGGGAAUUAUGAACCUGUUUGAUGUCCUGUCUCCAUGCCAACUGGAGCCUCAGGUAGAGGCGUACCUGAGCCCUCUGGUGAGAAGGUGACCUCUUUUAACCAAGCCAAACUCCGGAGGAAUAUGCCCGGACUGCACGAUGGAUUCCAACAGCACCGAGUUGGGCUUCUACACACCAACCGACAUCCUGGAAGAAGGACUCUACCCAUCGGCCUCUCCAUGGCCAGAUCUCCAGAACACGAGUUUCAUCAACCUCAGUGCGGUUUACAAACUUAAUGGGAGUGAAGUCGAAGGUCAAUCCUACGAUCCACUGGGCGGUCACUCGCUGUGGCAGGUUAUCAUCAUUGUGGUGUUUACGGGACUUCUUUCACUUAUUACUAUUAUUGGCAACAUCUUGGUCAUGGUGUCGUUCAAGGUCAAUCGGCAGCUCAAAACAGUUAACAACUACUUUCUUUUGAGUUUGGCUGUCGCCGAUCUCAUCAUUGGCGUCAUUUCAAUGAACCUGUACACAACCUAUAUCGUCAUGGGCCACUGGGCAAUGGGAAACUGGGCGUGUGAUUUCUGGCUAGCUAUAGACUACGUGGCCAGCAACGCAUCUGUUAUGAAUCUUCUUGUUAUUAGCUUUGACAGGUAUUUCUCCAUUACACGCCCUCUGACGUACCGUGCCAAACGUACCACCAAGCGGGCAGGGGUGAUGAUCGGUCUGGCAUGGUUUGUGUCCAUCAUACUUUGGGCGCCCGCCAUUUUGUUUUGGCAGUACUUUGUAGGCGAAAGGACAGUCCCUCCUGACAAAUGCUACAUACAGUUUCUCUCCGAGCCCAUUAUAACAUUUUGCACUGCUAUGGCAGCUUUCUAUCUGCCUGUGACAAUAAUGAGCGUCCUGUACUGGCGAAUAUACAGAGAAACAGAGAACCGCUCUCGGGAACUUGCGGGAUUGCAAGGCUCCAUUGGACGGUUCGCGGCAACAGAACGGCCGCGAUUCCACCUCCACGCCACCAGGGAAAGCUCAAGAAGCUGCAGCAGCUUUGAACUGGGCCAACCUGGCCACAGGCGCGGACUGAGCGGGCGUUUUUAUUGCUGGGGGUGGAAGUUUAGUGGCAGAGAUAAAGGUGGACCACAACGAGAACCAGAUCAAAGCAGUAGCGAUAGUUGGAACAACAACGAAGUUGGACUUUCGGUAGAUCAUUCGGGCUCAUCUGAUGAAGAUGAGAGCGCGCCGCCCACCACGCGAGCGAUUUUCUCCCUCGUCCUCAACCUGCCCGGCAUGAGGGCGGCUGUGAACUCUCAGGUGACUUCCUGUGAGGAUUUAAACGCAGCGUCAGAAGAAGAUCCGUUACGCUCCCCUCGGGAGAAUGACGGCAGCAUCUCGCGCUCCAUCACCAACGGCAGCAAGCGCUUCGUCGGAAGCAUCAGCAAAGUUCAGUCUAUGUCCACCAUACAGCCGUCAACGACUAGCGUGGAUCCCAGCGCAGAUGGUAGAAACACCACCAUAAAAUCUCCACCAGUACCCAUCACUUUCAAAGAGGCGGUGCUUGCAAAGCGCUUCGCAUCCCGCGCGAGGACACAAAUCACCAAACGGAAGCGCAUGUCGCUAAUUAAAGAAAAGAAAGCGGCACAAACUCUAAGUGCGAUUCUUUUUGCCUUCAUCAUAACAUGGACACCGUAUAACAUUAUGGUGCUAGUGAACACUUUUUGCAACGGCUGCAUACCUGAGAACCUCUGGGCGUUAGGUUAUUGGCUAUGCUAUGUUAACAGUACGGUAAAUCCGAUGUGCUACGCCCUUUGCAACAAGACUUUUCGCACCACUUUUAAGAUGAUUUUGCUGUGCCGUUGGGAUGAGCAGAAAAACAAACCGACUUUUCAUUCGAGGCAGGCUGUGAGAUUUCACAGGAAUAUACCUACCGAUUCCACAUAGCAAAAAUAGAUAUGUGGGUGGAGAUAAUUUGCAUACAGAUAUAGCAAAGACUAUUAAUAAGACUGCAGUGCUAUUAUUAUGAAUGGGGGAAAGUAAAGCGCGCACUAUGGCAAUAUCAUCCGACUUCAAUGCCGGAGGCCGCAAUUCCAGGACAUGCACUUUUUUUUGACCGCACUUCUAGGACCUUUUUUGUGACAGCGCCACCUAGCAAAUCGGAGUUCGGUCUCAAGAAACCAUGUUUUUUGAAGUGCACAAGACAGUUUUCCACCCAAUUAUAACUACUGAGAGUUUAAUUAAGGUUUUCUACCUAUUACAAUUAAAUCUUAUUGCAGCUUAAUAUUGAGUAAUUAUUGUGAGUAACUAGCAUAAUAUAAUAACACAUCAAGUAAAAUAAACAGUAAAUCAUCGUAAAGCCUUUUCAGUCACUAUAUUGACCACAUUUCAAGUACAGAGUGAAGACACAAUGAUAUCUCAGGGCAGAUUUAAGAUAAAAUAACAAAUUAACAGUUGAACACACAAAUAAAAUGUUGACCAUUCAACACUUCAUUAAUGACCAACCUCAUUAAAUUCACAAACUUCA